AAAACACAACCCAUAGGUGAAACCAUAGAGGCCGGCAAUCUAAGAUGCCGCACACCAUUUUACUUGUACAGCCGGGGCCAUGCCCAGGGAGUCGCACUUUCUGCGACUACGAGAGCGUCAAUGAGUGCAUGGAGGGCGUGUGCAAGAGCUACGAGGACCAUCUGAAAAAACUCUACCCCAACAAACGCACAAUUAAAUACGAGAUCGGCCAGCUAUUCGAUUUCAUCGAUACAAUGAAGGACAUCUGCUGCUUGGUGUACCAGAAGACCACCCGAACAUAUGCCCCAUUCAACAAGAAGUGGAUAAAGUAUAAGAUUUAUGUUAUGCUCCGCAGUGAGUCAUAAAGUGGCAGCCCUUAAAACGAACCGAUGGGAAUGUCACACAGAUCAAUGGAUAAACAACGGUGAAGACAGCACGAAUCACACACUCACAAUAAUGCCGUGUUGUCAAUCAAUCAAGUUCAGACAUCACAAUUCACAUAACCACAAUAAACCAAACCUUGUCAGUGAAG